CUAAGAGCCAUCAGAUAUGAAAUAUCUCCGGAUAGAGAAUAUGCUCUUUUUUCCUACAACGUGGAACCAAUAUAUCAACACUCCUACACUGGAUAUUAUGUCCUGAGCAAAAUUCCUCAUGGGGACCCUCAAAGUCUGGACCCACCGGAAGUCAGCAACGCAGAGCUGCAGUACGCGGGGUGGGGCCCUAAGGGACAACAGCUGAUAUUCAUCUUUGAAAACAACAUCUACUACUGCGCGCAUGUGGGGAAGCAGGCCAUCCGCGUGGUCUCAACUGGGAAGGAAGGUGUGAUUUACAACGGCCUCAGUGACUGGCUCUACGAAGAGGAGAUCUUGAAGUCCUAUGUCGCCCACUGGUGGUCGCCUGACGGCACUCGGCUCGCCUACGCCACCAUCAACGACUCCCGCGUGCCGGUCAUGGAGCUCCCCACCUACACCGGCUCCAUCUACCCUGCGGUGAAGCCCUACCACUACCCCAAGGCUGGAUGUGAAAACCCCAGCAUCUCCCUGCACGUCAUCGGCCUAAAUGGACCCACGCACGACCUGGAAAUGAUGCCGCCGGUGGACCCGCGAAUGAGGGAAUACUACAUCACCAUGGUGAAGUGGGCCACCAGCACCAAGGUCGCCGUGAACUGGCUGAGCCGGGCGCAGAACGUGUCCAUCCUGACCCUCUGCGACGCCACCACCGGCGUCUGCACCAAGAAACACGAGGACGAGAGUGAAGCCUGGCUCCACAGGCAGAAUGAAGAGCCGCUGUUCUCCAAGGACGGCCGGACGUUCUUCUUCGUCCGAGCCAUCCCCCAGGGGGGACAAGGCAAGUUCUACCACAUCACCGUGUCCUCGUCCCAGCCCAACAGCAGCAACGACAACAUACAGUCCAUCACGUCCGGGGACUGGGACGUGACCACAAUCCUGGCCUACGACGAGAAGCGCAGUAAGAUCUACUUCCUGAGCACGGAGGACAUGCCCAGGAGACGCCAGCUCUACAGCGCCAGCACGGUGGGCAACUUCAACCGCCAGUGCCUCUCCUGCGACCUGGUAGAGAACUGCUCCUACUUCAGCGCUUCCUUCAGCCCCGGCGCCGACUUCUUCCUGCUCAAGUGCGAAGGUCCUGGGGUCCCCACGGUGACCGUGCACAACACGACCGACAGGAAAAAAAUGUUUGACCUGGAGACAAACGAGCAUGUACAGAAGGCUGUAAACGACCGACAGAUGCCCAAAGUGGAGUACAGGAAAAUCGAGAUUGACGAUUACCACUUGCCCGUUCAGAUCCUCAAGCCUGCAACCUUCACCGACACUGCCCACUACCCCCUGCUCCUGGUGGUGGACGGCACCCCGGGGAGCCAGAGCGUGGCUGAGAAGUUCGAGGUGACCUGGGAGACGGUGAUGGUGAGCAGCCACGGAGCCGUGGUGGUGAAGUGUGACGGCCGGGGGAGUGGCUUCCAAGGGACCAAGCUCCUGCAUGAAGUCAGACGGAGGCUGGGCUUGCUGGAGGAGAAGGACCAGGUGGAGGCUGUGCGGAUGAUGCUCAAAGAGCAGUACAUCGAUAAAACCCGGGUGGCCGUGUUUGGGAAGGAUUACGGCGGCUACCUGAGCACCUACAUCCUCCCGGCCAAGGGCGAGAACCAAGGCCAGAUCUUCAGCUGCGGCUGCGCCCUCUCUCCAAUAACAGACUUCAAGCUCUACGCGUCUGCAUUUUCCGAGAGGUACCUGGGCCUCCACGGACUUGACAACAGAGCGUACGAGAUGACCAGGGUGGCACCCCGGGUGUCGGCGCUGGAAGGGCAGCAGCUCCUGAUCAUCCACGCGACCGCCGACGAAAAGAUCCAUUUCCAGCACACAGCAGAACUCAUCACACAGCUCAUCAAGGGAAAGGCUAAUUACAGCUUACAGAUAUACCCCGACGAAAGCCAUUACUUCAACAGCGCCUCCCUCCAGCACCACCUCUACCGGUCUCUCACCAACUUCUUCGUGGAGUGUUUCAGGAUCCAGGACAAGCUCCCCACGGUCACGGCCAAAGAGGACGAGGAGGAGGACUGACCACCCCGGCCCAAGCCCAGCCUGGCUCUUCCUGGAACAGCGGACCCCGGCCUGGAGGCCCCCCACCCCCCACCCCCGACCCCUGCAGACACCUGGGGCAGGGGCAGGAAGCGUCACCUUCAUAGCAUGUGUGUCUUGGGUCCUGCAGGCAGUUUUGCUUCAGAAACCAGCUCCGUCGUCCUGGGUGGAGCUGCACUGCCACGCACCAGGGCCUCCCCGGAGCCUGGAACCCUCGCCUCCUCCCGCCCCAGGGGGACUGUGCCUCCCACGACCCCUGCCCAAGGAACAAAGCAAAGGACGGACAGCGGUGGAGAAGCUGGCCCUGGGGUCGGAGCCUGCGAGCGGCAGCAUGGAGACCCAGCCUGGCUCGGUCCCCGCCCACACGAGAGCAUCCCAUCCGCCUGACGUCACCGCCAUGGAACAACUAGAGCACAAUUAUUUUAACAGUACUUGUUCAUAGGUUGGCUUGCUCUUUCUGUAAUUAGGAGAUUCGGCAUUUUCAGGGGCUGUACCACGUGCUGCUGUCGCUAUGCUAAUGGUUAACCUUAUGGAAUUAAUUCGUAUUUUUCUAUGGUUUCUACCUGACACUGUCUCUGGUCAUGGGGUUGUUUUGCUGUGCUUUGUUUGUUUUU